AUGCCUGACAAGAUCCUCGAUGAUAUCUCCCAUCGGCGCUACAAUCCGCUGAGGGGGUCGUGGCUUUUAGUUUCCCCUCACAGGACGAAGAGACCUUGGCAGGGUCAGCAAGAAGCCCCAGGAAUCAUCACACUACCUGAAUACGACCCGAAGUGUUAUCUCUGUCCUCGAAACCCACGCGCGCAAGGCGAUGCGAACCCCGAUUAUAGUCAGACCUUUGUGUUUGUAAACGACUAUAGUGCCGUAAAGGAACAACAGCAAGAUUACGAGGCGGAGCCUUCAAGCCAUGAUCUCGCCUCGUUGCUACUUCGCGCCGAGGGUGUCAAAGGCAAAUGCUUUGUCCUUACCUUUUCACCCAAGCACAACCUCACCCUCGCCGACAUGCCUGCGGCCGAGACUCUCCCAAUUAUCGAGACGUGGACAAGGAUCUAUGCUACUCACCUUGCGCCGAAUAACCCCCUUUCCCAAGUUGCCGCCAAGCUCGAUCUCCUAAAUCGCGAAGCACCUCCCGAGUCCCUCGUGCCGCCGCCCUCGCAGCAGUUGCGGUAUAUGCAGAUUUUCGAGAAUAAGGGCGCUGCAAUGGGAUGCUCAAACCCUCACCCGCACUGCCAAAUCUGGACAACCAGUACACUGCCGGAAGAACCAGCCGCAGAAAUUGUUCAGUUGACCAAAUAUAGAGCUGAGCACCAAGGGCGACACCUGCUGGAGGAUUAUGUCAAGCUGGAAUUAGAGAAACAGGAACGUAUCGUAUACCAGAACGAGUCCUUCUUGGUGGUUUGUCCGUGGUGGGCGAUCUGGCCAUUUGAGGUUAUGAUAAUCGCCAAGCGGCAUGUGCGAGCGUUAGUAGACUUGACCGAACAAGAGAGGUUUAGGUUUGCGGAUGCGAUCCAGGAGGUAACGAGGAGAUACGACAACUUGUUCGAGACAAGCUUCCCAUACAGCUCCGGUAUACAUCAGGCUCCGCUAGACGGAACAGAAGAGGAAAUCGAAAACAGCUGGUUCCACAUGCAUUUUUACCCACCUCUACUACGGUCGGCCACCGUGCGAAAAUUCCUAGUUGGAUACGAAUUGAUGGCCGAGCCGCAACGAGACAUUACCCCCGAACAAGCCUCGGCGAAGUUGAGGGAUUGUGCGGGAGAGCUAUAUCGGAAAAAAUUCCAAUGA